ACGUCGAACGGUGAGGGUGUUUUGUAACGCUCCCCUGAACACGUCUUCGGUGGUGACACGCGUGCUCCUUCUCCACGAGAGUUUCUCUGCAAUCGUAUAUCUCAAUAUACUGCGCAAUCGAAUUAGAUUUCAAAUAUCGAUAUCAUAACCUUGAAACAACUGUAAGUCGUCGAACGGUCAAAACGGUUUUCAUUCAGAAGUGUUGAUUGUCACUCGCAACACGUGCUGAUGCUUCACGCCACAUCCACGAGCCAUUAUUCCGUAGAGAUGAAUACAUUCGAAGAAACAUACACUGUGCAAUCAAAAGUGGAGUGAACGGGUCCCUUUAAACUGUUCAAAUUUCCCGCUCUCGAUUUUUGAAGAACAUUGCGUAAUCGGACGGUCGAAUUCAAUUCGAUAUCGAUGGGAUCGAUUAAUUCCGUUGGAUAUUGUUAGGAACGCGUUCUAGUCGUCCGUGAAUAUUGAAGGAUAAUCUUGAUUAAAGACGAAAUUUGGCGAGGAUCUUUAGUCCUCUAAAUCGUUGGGGAAAGUGUAUUGAUUUUUCCAUUUUUUUGUGUGGUCGGUAUUGAAUCGAACUGGUGAAAAAAGUGCGGGAAUGCGGCGCAGUUGACUCAUUCUUGAAUUAGUUCGUGCCACCGUUCGUCCGCGACUAAUUUCGAUCACCGAACGAUGCCCGCUGCGGGCAGAUUCUCCUCUGGCGUUUCGCGCGUCUACAAUUGACUCUGUGCAGCGGUGUGUUCUCCUCGCAAAGGACACGAUGGGACUGCGAAAUCAGUGGAAACUCUGUUUGCUGUUUGCCGUGACGCUCGUCGCGACCGUCAUACAAGUUACAGAUGGAAAUGCUGAUAUAGAAGAUCUCGAUCCGGACGUCCAAGAUUACAGCACUGACGAAGAUUAUAAUGAUCUCUUCGAUCCUACCACCAAUGGAACUGACGUGGAAGCAACAUCAGGGUCCAAGAGUGGCACGUUGAAAUUUAUACGAACCCUAACAAAUAUUACGAGGGACGCUGGUGCGGUGGCUCAUAUGAGAUGCGAAGUGGUCGGCGAUCCACCACCAACCAGGAUUAAGUGGUUCAAGAACGAAGCACCCCUUGAGGAGAAACGGCCGAAAAUCACUAUUAAGAAGAUCCAUGCGCAAACGCACGAGCACGCCGCGAAGAACACCGCCGGCAGUCGGCUGAAGAUCAUCAAUCUGGACGUUUCCGACGUAGGGUUCUACACUUGCCGCGUCACAAAUGGCAAAGAUCAAAUACAAAGCGAGGGAACGCUCCGCGUCGACUCCUCUAAAAGCCGGCAUCUUCCCAACCACCCUAUUGGUCAAACUUCUAGCGAUGAUAGAUUUUCUCCGGACAUGACUGGUGGUAGUGAUUUUCUUGAUAGCAUUAGACCCGGAGAUGGGUUAGACCUCUUAGGAUCUGGAAUGUCAACACCACACAUCUCUCACCUGGCAUCAACGAAUCCAUUUAGCAUAUUAUCGCCAAGUCCACAACCGACUAGUUCUCAAUCUAGUACCACAGAUAUGCAUACAAUCGGCGGCCUUAGAAACGUCAAUAUGCAGUUAUCCCCUGGGAGAAAUGACAAUCAUGAAGGAAAAUGUGAGAUAUAUGUUGGGAAAACAUGUGCACAAUUUUUGGAGAAGCAAUCAGUUUAUAUUCCAUAUCCAAUGACACAGGAAAUACUUGAUGACAAAUUGAUGAAAGCCUUUGGCGUUAUUGAGUAUUCGAAUGAAGUAUCAUCGAACUGUGAAGGUUACGCAAAACCAUCUUUAUGUUACUCUGCAUUUCCAAUAUGCCGUGAUCCUGCCAGUAUUCUGAAGCUCAAAAAUGCCAAGAGAAUGUUCCAUAUUUUAAAUAACAAUCAAGAUGAUCUAUCAAAAGACACAGGCGAUGGAGAUGAUAUAGAUGAUAUUACAAGGUCACAUGGUAUUCCCAGAAAACGAAGUCCCACUUUGGGUCCUGGUUCCGAAUUUAAUCCUUAUAUUGAUGGGAAGCUUUCCCCCAAGAAAUUGCUUAGUCAAAGUUAUGGCGAGACAUUAUCCUCUAGCAGGAACGAUAUUAAUCGUAGAUUACGGAGGAUUUGUCGACAGGAAUGUGAAGCGCUAGAGUAUGAUCUAUGUAGGCAAGAGUAUGCAAUUGCUAAGAGACAUCCACUGAUUGGACAACAAGUGCCUUUAAUUAACUGUUCUGACUUGCCAAUGGAAAACACUCCUGAGGCUCGUGAUUGUUUAAGUCUUGGCAUUUCCAUAGAAAAUAAUGUGCAAGAGCAUGAUUAUUGUUAUUGGGGAAGCGGCAAGUCUUAUCGGGGUACAGUGAAAACAAGUAUUAGUGGAAGACCAUGCUUACAAUGGUUAGCUCACUUCAACCUCCCAAUUUCUGAUUAUCCUGAAUUAGCCGGCAAACAUUCGUAUUGCCGCAAUCCAGGUGAUACAGAGUCGCAACCGUGGUGUUACGUUGACGUCAACCAUACAAUGCAGAAAGAAUUUUGUGAUAUACCUAAAUGCGUUGAAAACUUAUGGAUCUAUGCAGUCGUUGGUUUUGUACUAACAGGAGGAUUUGUUGUAAUAUUGGUGUGUUAUUGCUGCUGCUAUAGAAGCAGAAAAUCUACAAGGCAAAUGAAUCAUUUGCCUUCAAACAAAAUGUUGACGGGUAUACAAUGUGACAAAAACAUAUAUGAUGGACGACGAAGUACAACACAACCUAUGGAGAUGAGUUCCCUUUUAGCAGGUCCUGGUAACACAACUCCGGGAACUGGAACAUUAAGCAGUGGUAGCAGUAGAACAUCCAAUAAUAGAGUACCACAAUUUAGUACUAACAAUGUUGUAUUGUUACAAGAACUCGGUGAAGGAGCAUUCGGAAAAGUAUACAAAGGAGAACUACAAACGGGUAACAAAUGCGAGCCACCAAUUUACGUAGCGGUGAAAACGUUAAAAGAAAACGCAAGUCCAAAAACACAAAGUGACUUCAAACGAGAAGUUGAUCUAAUGACAGACCUUCGACAUCCAAACAUCAUUUGUUUGCUUGGAGUAAUAUUGAAGGGAGAACCAAUGUGUAUGCUGUUCGAAUACAUGACUCAAGGAGAUCUACACGAAUUUCUUAUUUGUCAUUCACCGAGAUCAGACGUUCCAUUGAAUAACGGAAGUGGUAAAAUCUUGGAACAACCAGAAUUUUUGCAUAUUGCGUUGCAAAUUGCAUCCGGUAUGGAAUACUUAGCUAGCCACCACUAUGUUCACCGAGACUUAGCUGCAAGGAAUUGUUUAGUCGGAGAUAACCUGACAGUAAAAAUUUCGGAUUUUGGGUUAUCACGUGACAUAUAUAGUAGCGACUAUUAUAGAGUUCAAUCUAAGAGUUUGUUACCUGUUCGAUGGAUGCCUCCAGAGUCGAUUGUUUAUGGAAAAUUUACAACAGAGUCUGAUGUAUGGAGUUUCGGUGUUGUAUUGUGGGAAAUUUAUAGUUACGGUUUACAGCCGUAUUAUGGUUACAAUAAUCAAGAAGUGAUCGACAUGAUUCGUUCACGGCAAUUAUUACCCUGUCCUGAAGAUUGUCCUACCAUGAUCUACAGUCUAAUGAUAGAAUGCUGGCAUGAGGUUGCGAAUCGUAGACCACAGUUCCCAGAAAUCCACCAUCGGUUACACAAUUGGUACAUAAAUCAGACUUAUCUGAGUGAUUUCUGUAACGAAUCUAUAACCAGCUAUUCUGGAAGUAGCCAUAAGAGUACGAACAAGACCAAUUCCACGCAAUUGUCAGCGCCUAUAUACAAGUGUGAUCAGAAAGAUAUAAGUAACUUUAAGGGAAACACGGAAUCACCUUUCUGUAAUAUGAACGAGCACAGUAACGGCCUGAAAAUUCUACCACCGAGCUUCCAGAAUUGUAAUUCCAUCGAUCAAAGACCGAACUGUGGUUUCAGUGAGCACAGUACACCAAUGAAAACACCGAACUAUCCUAAUCAAACGAACAUUAAUUUGAACGAAUAUGACGAUAAACAGUGCUGUUCACCAAAACUGAGUGGAGCUAAGAAAGUUUUACCACCGACGACGCAACAAAUCGUUAAAACAAAUACGUUAAACGGUACCAGACCCAUCCAAAACGGUGCGCAAUUAGUUGUCAGGUUACCAGACCCUAGUAAGGUUACAACUGAGACCAGGGUAUCAAAGUGAAAAUGAUAAUUUAAACCUCAUGAUCAGAACGAAUUCUUAUGUUUCUACAUAUUCACCGUAACCGCUGUACAAGGUCAUCUAUAUGGUCCGUUUUUAGGUACAAUUGAAUCGUUAAAGCUUCAAAUAACGUUCGUCAAACAAAUUAGGUAUUUACAACCCACAAUACCUAAUCACUGCCAUAUUUCUGCAUUUAUAUUUAUUUCUGUCAAAAUAUAUACAAUAUUUUAUACUGGCAAUAACAAUUUGGAUGGUACAACUUUAACUUUUUAUACAUAUACAGUCAAAUUUACAUAAAAAAAAAUAUAAAUAUAUACAGUGUAGGCUGUAGACUGUACUAUUAAUGUAUCCUGUAUUAUUUAACGUUAUUUUUUGAAUUGUAUUUUAAAGUAUUAGAUACUGUGUUAAUAUGUGUUUAAGCAUAUUCAACAGAAUUCACUCAUACAUUAAUUUAAUGUAAGUAUGCGACUAACUAAUAUUUCAUCUAUAUUAUACUACAGUAACAAUAUUCGAUAGUACUUCGAACAGAGAAGUGAAAUUGUAAAUCAAACAACCUAGGCUUGUUUAUGUAGUUUUUACUUAUAUUUUUGCAUAAUUGUAACUUGGGAACUUUUUACUGAAAUAUUGUUACUAAAAUAUAAUAUACCUGUAAUAACAGUUGCAUUUGUACUAUUGUGUGCUUACCAGACUGAAAAUAAGUAUUUUAGAAAUUAAACUUUAAAUGAUUUGCGAAACCAAUCCUUCAAAAGAAAUGGCACAAUAAUAAAUUAUCAUCUGUAUGUGUAGUGGUAGGUUGUUCUCUAUGGAAGGAACAAUUUGAAAUGUGAUCUCUUUAGCAUCUCUUAAACAAUUCUUACAUUAUAGGCGAAUAUGUGUAGACGGUUUUUGAGUCGUUUCGAAGUGAACAAAAAUGUAUAAUAUCCAAGCGAUCAGAGCAAACUGUCCAAUCGAUUGAUUAUGUUAUUGACUAAAGCCUCAUGAUUUUUAUAUUGCUGACAUUACACGUUCUUCUUCUAUUUUGAUACUCGGAUAAUUUGCAGACUUUCAAGAAGCAACAAAUGAGAUCACGUUAAUACGAACGCAACAUUUUAAGCUCUUCAAUUCUGUUAAAUAGUAACGUAUGUAGUUCUAUGUUCAUAAAAAAAAUCUUCAUUCUAGAAGAUCCAGUGACUGUGAAGUUAAUAGUGAUCGCCCGUGCGAAUUUAACGACGUUCAACCAACAAGAUGAAAUUGUCAAGGGCAUCGGUGUGUAAAUUAUAUACGAAAUCAUUUACUGUUCGUGUAUAGAGUGUAGAACAGGCGGCCAGAGCGAGUGUUACAGACUGUUUAGAGCUAGUCCAACAAAUGAAACUUGAUGAAAAUGCGAAGAUAGAAGGAAAAGAACAAUAACGCCUGAAUUAAGUGUUGGGAGCUUAGAGUGAGAAGCGGACCUUACGUGAUCAAUAAUAUUGUCAAUAAUAUAAAAUACUGAGCAGUAUUUGAUGACAGUAAUAUUGAUUGUUCGUAGGUAGCAACGAUCCGAAUUUGUCGAUCCUCGAGCAUCAGCCAAAUGGCAACGAUACGCAAAGUGCGAGAUCAGUCAUACUCCAACGAACAAUAAGAUACUCCAUAUGCGAAGACAAAUGGAACGUAUACAAUAGAAUUGUUUUUACACAAACUAUUCUUUUCAAAAGCAAAGAAAAUUUAUUGACCGUGACUUGACUUUCGUGUCAUUCCAUUUCUGAUUACCUUUACGACAUGCAUUGAUAAUGAAGAAAAUGAACAGCGUAGAAAAAGAUAAUUACUUAAAGUAUUUUAAGUCAGUCGAAUCUUAGGAUACAUUUUUAGAUGCAAUAAAUAUUCUAGUGCACAAUAAUAACUUUUGAACAUAUUCUUGCAUCUGGAGUCAAUUAUUUUUCGUUGCGCCGUGAACGAUAUCGCAUAUUGUAUAAUACAUAGGUAAUGAGCCGAAAUAUUGACAGUGAUAAUGUUAGCGUAAGGUUACGAUAAAAGUCGUUAAGAUGAAGUUACGUGUUGUCAGCGUCGUUGAAUCAGUAUCAUUGGCCGUGCGAGGUCCGCCGGAAGGUUCGAGCGAAACUGUAUUAUACUUUUUAUAAUUUUCUAUUAAAACGGAACCAGCGGGAUGUUUCAUCGGCUUUAAGGGGGAUAGUGGCGACUAGCGCGCGUCGCGACUGGAAUCGAUGUAAAUUAGAGUUCGUGGAGAUCAUUAGAGUAAACGUGUCGGUUAAAAAAUUGAAACGAGACUUUUUUAUGGUGACGAGUCUGCAACAUGGGUGAAUUGUAUUAUUAAUUGUAUUGUAAACGCUGCCGCGGCCACGUCGAAGGCUCGUCACCGGUUAGAGUUAAGUUAAUUUAUGUCAACCAUGUCGACGAAUAAUGAUAAAUUUAAGAACUUUAUAUAUAAAUAUAUAUACAUAUACACAUAUAUGUAUAUGUAUAUAUAUACGUACAGUCAACUAUGAUAUAAACGAUACAUGUUUUUUGUA